AUGGCGCAACAAGAAUCAAGCGAUUCUCUCGGUAUAAUGUCAUCGAUAAGAUCUCAAAUUGGUGCAAAUGUUGACCAUGCAAGACCACGUCUCGGUCGUCGAAUGACAAUUGAAGAAGAACAAAGUGGUGAAUACUUUCGACAAGAGCAAAAGUUAGAGGUUUUACCGUCCAGCACUCAUCUUGAGCAUUUGUGUAAACUCAAAAUACGUGAGCCUCCGCAACUGGUUCGAAAAACGGGGAUCGUUUGUACAAUCGGUCCUGCAUGUAGAACGGUUGAGAUGCUGCAGUUGAUGAUACUGAAUGGAAUGAAUAUCGCUCGAAUGAACUUUAGUCAUGGCACACAUGAGUACCAUGCUGAAACAAUCGCAAAUGUACGAGAGGCAGCGCUGAGUUUUAGUGAUCCACGUGUUGUCGCUAUUGCACUGGAUACAAAAGGACCUGAAAUACGUACGGGUCUUCUCAAAGGAGGACCAUCAGCAGAAGUGGAAUUGACGAAAGGUGCGAGUAUACGGUUGACAACGGAUCAAAAAGUGGAAAAUUCUGGGACGGCUUUCAAUUUAUACGUCGAUUAUAAAAACAUUACAAAGGUUCUUUCGCCUGGCAGUCGUAUCUUCAUUGAUGAUGGUCUUAUCUCGCUCAUUGUUGAUGAAAUUGCUAAUGAUGCUUGCAUAUGUACGGUUGAGAACGGUGGCAUGUUGGGCAGCCGCAAAGGCGUCAACUUGCCUGGAACCCCUGUUGAUCUACCAGCUGUGUCAGACAAGGAUUUAAAGGAUUUGCAGUUUGGCGUUGAACAGGGAGUUGAUAUCAUUUUUGCAUCGUUCAUUCGUAAUGCUGAUGGUGUACGUACUAUCCGAAAAGUACUCGGUAAAAAGGGAGAAAACAUCAAAAUUAUCGCAAAAAUUGAAAGUCAGGAAGGAGUUGAAAAUGCUGAUGAGAUAAUCGCGGAAUCGGACGGUGUUAUGGUAGCACGAGGCGAUUUGGGUAUUGAGAUUCCUGCUGAAAAGGUGUUCCUGGCACAGAAGAUGCUCAUCGCGAAAUGUAAUUUAGCCGGAAAGCCGGUUAUUUGCGCAACUCAAAUGUUGGAGUCGAUGGUGAAGAAACCGAGACCGACCCGCGCGGAAGGUGGUGGAGGCCAUGUACUUAGCACAUAUAUGACGUGUGAAUGUAGUGAUGUAGCGAAUGCUGUUCUUGAUGGAGCCGAUUGCGUUAUGUUGAGUGGUGAAACGGCUAAAGGUGAUUAUCCAGUUGAAGCGUUGAAGAUUAUGCAUCAGAUUUGCAAAGAGGCCGAAGCGGCGAUGUACCAUACGAAAUUCUUCGAAGAACUUCUCCGUGUUACGCCGAAACCCACCGAUACUGCACAUACAAUUGCGAUUGCUGCUACUUCAGCUGCUGUCUCUUGUCAUGCGAGUGCAAUUCUUUUGGUUACUACAACUGGGCGUUCGGCUGGUCUUCUUUCUCGUUAUCGACCACCAAUACCUAUCUUCUCGAUAUCUCGUGACGAUUUCGUUUCUCGUCAACUACAUCUGUGGCGAGGUGUUUUCCCGCUCCAUUAUAAAGCCGAUCGAGAUUUGGAUUGGCCAACAGAUGUUGAUAAUCGAAUAAAUUAUGGAAUUUCUGUUGGUAAGGAUCGAGGUUUCAUUCAUAAGGGCGAUACACUCGUCGUUAUCACAGGCUGGAGAAAAGGUGCUGGUCAUACAAACACACUACGGAUCAUUAUUUCGCCAUGA